CCCUCCUUCGCUGUUCAAAGACAAUUUCUUUCUCCCCAGACUCUCACAAUCAGGAAGAUGAAAGCUCUGUGGUUCCUGCUGGUCACGUUGCUGGCAGGAUGCGUGGCCGAGGGAGAGCCGGAGCUCGAGCCAGAGGUGACAGAUCAGUUCGGAUGGCAAAGCCAACAGCCCUGGGAAAUGGCCCUGAGCCGUUUACGAGAUUACCUGCAGUGGGUGCAGACGCUGUCUGACCAGGUCCAGGAAGAGCUGCAGAGCUCACAAGUCAUGCAGGAACUGACGGUUCUCAUGGAAGACACCAUGACGGAGGUGAAGGUUUACAAAAAGGAGUUGGAGCAAGAGCUGGGCCCAGUGGCCGAGGAGACGCGAGCCAGGCUGGCCAAAGAGGUGCAGGCGGCACAAGCCAGGCUCGGGGCGGACAUGGAGGACCUACGUAACCGACUGGGGCAGUACCGCAAUGAGGUGCAGACCAUGCUGGGCCAAAGCACAGAUGAGCUGCGGGCGCGCCUCGCCACCCACCUGCGCAAGAUGCGCAAGCGCCUGAUGCGGGAUGCAGAGGAUCUGCAGAAACGCCUGGCCGUGUACAAAGCCGGGGCACGCGAGGGCGCAGAACGAGGUGUGAGCGCCAUCCGUGAGCGCCUGGGGCCUCUGGUGGAGCAGGGUCGCCAGCACACAGCCAACCUGGGUGCCGGGGCUGUGAAGCCCCUGCGCGAUCGCGUCCAGGUUUUGGGUGCCCGCAUCCAAGGGCGACUGGAGGAGAUGGGCAACCAGGCCCGGGACCGCCUAGAGGAGAUGCGCGAGCAGAUGGAAGAGGUACGCGUCAAGAUGGAGGAGCAGACAGAACAGAUACGCCAGCAGGCCGGGAUCCUCCAGACCCGCCUCAAAAACUGGUUCGAGCCACUGGUGGAGGACAUGCAGCGCCAGUGGGCAAGCCUGGUAGAGAAGGUGCAGGCCUCCAUGGCUGCCAAGCCCUCUGUGGAGAUGUCCAAGGAGAGCCAAUGAACGGCCCUCUCCUGCCCCCUGCUGCCGACGUCCGUGACCAGCAGGUGGCCCUGUCCCCAGCACCACUCUGGCCCACUGGUGGCCCUUACGUAAUAAAGGUUCUCCAAGCAA